UCCCAGAAGCCUUGGAGAGGGAGAAGUACUUUCACGCGUUCUGCAGACAGUCUAGCGUGGAACGUUUAGACAGCGCGGUUUGAUUCUUGGCUGGAAGGCGUGCGCUUUUUUGCUUGGCCAGCCGCCGCCUUGCGGGCCUUGCGGGCCUUGGUGGGGGGUUGGGAGGGGCACAAGUUUGGUCUAUUUCCAUAGGUAUAGGAGCUCGCGGCCGGCCGCGCAGCGCCUUGAUCCGGCCUCACCAUGUUAGUGCUGUUUGAAACGUCCGUCGGCUACGCCAUCUUUAAGGUUUUGAAUGAGAAGAAACUUCAAGAAGUUGAUAGUUUGUGGAAAGAAUUUGAAACUCCAGAGAAAGCAAAUAAAAUAGUAAAGCUAAAACAUUUUGAGAAAUUUCAGGAUACAGCAGAAGCAUUAGCAGCAUUCACAGCCCUGAUGGAGGGCAAAAUCAAUAAGCAGCUGAAGAAAGUUCUGAAGAAAAUAGUAAAAGAAGCCCAUGAGCCCCUGGCUGUAGCUGAUGCUAAACUAGGAGGGGUUAUAAAGGAAAAGCUGAAUCUCAGUUGUAUCCAUAGUCCUGUUGUUAAUGAACUUAUGAGAGGAAUUCGUUCACAGAUGGAUGGAUUAAUUCCUGGGGUAGAACCACGUGAAAUGGCAGCUAUGUGUCUUGGAUUGGCACACAGCUUGUCCCGAUACAGACUGAAAUUUAGCGCAGAUAAAGUGGACACAAUGAUUGUUCAGGCAAUUUCCUUGUUGGAUGACUUAGAUAAAGAACUAAACAACUACAUUAUGCGGUGUAGAGAAUGGUAUGGCUGGCAUUUCCCUGAAUUAGGAAAAAUUAUUUCAGAUAAUUUGACAUACUGCAAGUGUUUACAGAAAGUUGGCGAUAGAAAGAAUUAUGCCUCGGCCCAACUUUCUGAAUUACUGACAGAAGAAGUUGAAGCAGAAGUCAAAGCAGCUGCAGAGAUAUCUAUGGGAACAGAGGUUUCAGAAGAAGAUAUUUGCAACAUUCUGCAUCUCUGCACUCAGGUGAUUGAAAUCUCAGAAUAUAGAACCCAGCUCUAUGAAUACCUGCAAAAUCGAAUGAUGGCCAUUGCACCCAAUGUUACAGUCAUGGUUGGGGAAUUAGUUGGAGCACGGCUUAUUGCUCAUGCAGGUUCUCUUUUGAAUUUGGCCAAACAUGCAGCUUCUACAGUUCAGAUUCUUGGAGCAGAAAAGGCACUCUUCAGAGCUCUAAAGUCUAGACGAGAUACCCCUAAGUAUGGUCUUAUUUAUCAUGCUUCACUUGUAGGACAGACAAGUCCCAAACACAAAGGAAAGAUUUCUCGAAUGUUGGCAGCCAAAACUGUUUUGGCUAUCCGGUAUGAUGCUUUUGGUGAAGAUUCCAGUUCUGCAAUGGGAGUUGAGAACAGAGCCAAAUUAGAGGCCAGGUUGAGGACCUUGGAAGAUAGAGGGAUAAGGAAAAUAAGUGGCACUGGAAAGGCAUUAGCAAAAGCAGAAAAAUAUGAACAUAAAAGUGAAGUGAAGACUUACGAUCCUUCUGGUGACUCUACACUGCCAACGUAUUCUAAAAAACGUAAGAUAGAACAGGUAGAUAAAGAGGAUGAAGUAAUUGAAAAGAAGGCCAAAAAAGCUAAGGUGAAAAUUAAAGUUGAAGAAGUAGUAGAAGAAGAAGAAGAAGAGGAAGAAGUACUAGUGGUGGAAGAACAGGAGACAUCUAUGAAGAAGAAGAAGAAAAAGGACAAGAAGAAACACAUUAAGGAAGAACCACUUUCUGAGGAAGAACCAUGCACCAGCACAGCAGUUCCUAGUCCAGAGAAAAAGAAGAAAAAGAAAAAAAAGAAAGAUAAUGAAGACUAGUGGAAAGGAAUCGUAAUUGAAUCACCUGGAUACAUCAUGCUAAAGAUUCAGGAAUAUGCCAGAGAUGCUCUCUAAAAUAAUUGCGGAAAGGUUGGAUGAAACUGGUUAUUCACCUAUAGCUUUUCAAAACCUAUUUGUGUCUUAACAUUGACUGUUAACUUUAUUAUGUCAUCAUUUCUUAGUCUUUGUUAUACAAAUAAAACUAUUUUCUUUGUAUUUUAA